GCCAGUGCUGCCAGUGGCAGCUUAGCCCCCUACGCCACAGUGCUGGCCACCAUUACAGACUUUAUUAUGUUGCGGGAAAACUGAGAUGAGUCCAGGUUCAUGUCCUGGUGUCGGUGAUGAUUUACGAGACUGUACACAAGAAUGAAGGCACUCAGGUGUUGUCUUAAAUAUCCUCUCCAGCAUAAGGUUUUCAUCGUGUUUCUGACCCUGUGGCUGCUCUCCUUGGUGAAGUUGCUCAAUGUGGGGCGACUUCUCUUCCCCCCAGAAGGCCUGUACAUCGUUGAGUACUCCCUCAGUACCUCGCCUUUCGUAAGAAACAGGUACACCCAUGUUAAAGACACAGCCAGCUAUGAAGUUAACUGUUCAGCGAUCUAUGAACAGGAGCCUCUGGAGGUCGGCAAGAGCCUGGAAAUCCGAAGGAGACACAUUAUCGACCUGGAGGAUGAUGAUGUCGCCGCAAUGACGAGCGACUGUGACAUCUAUCACUCUCUGAGGAGCUACCAUCAGAAGCUCGUGUCAGGGGAGGAGCGACGCUUCCCAAUAGCCUACUCCUUGGUUGUGCACAAAGAUGCAAUCAUGGUUGAGAGACUUCUCCAUGCUAUAUAUGCCCAGCACAAUGUCUACUGUAUCCAUUACGACCUCAAGUCACCUAACGCCUUCCAAGUCGCCAUGAACAAUUUAGCGAAGUGCUUCUCCAAUGUCUUCAUUGCUUCCAGAUUAGAGGCCGUGCAGUAUGCUCACAUUUCCAGACUCCAAGCUGACUUAAAUUGCCUGUCAGACCUUCUCAAGUCUUCAGUUCAAUGGAAAUACGUUAUCAAUCUGUGUGGGCAAGAUUUCCCCCUGAAGUCAAAUUUCGAGUUAGUGUCAGAGUUGAAGAAACUCAAUGGAGCAAAUAUGUUAGAGACGGUCAGACCCCCGAACAGCAAAACGGAGAGGUUCACUUAUCACCAUGAGCUCAGGCAGCUGCCUCAUGACAGCGUGAGACUACCAGUGAGGACAAACGUCUCGAAGCAGGCGCCCCCGCACCACAUUGAGAUAUUUGUCGGCAGUGCCUACUUUGUUUUAAGCCAAGCAUUUGUGAAUUACGUUUUCAACAGCUCCCUCGUUACAGACUUCUUUGCCUGGUCUCGAGACACAUACUCGCCUGAUGAGCACUUUUGGGCGACCUUAGUUCGGGUACCAGGAGUACCUGGAGAGAUUUCCAGGUCAGCCCAGGACGUGUCUGACCUACAAAGCAAGACCCGCCUUGUCAAGUGGAAUUACUAUGAAGGAGUUUUCUACCCCAGUUGCACUGGAACUCACCUUCGAAGUGUGUGUAUUUAUGGAGCUGCAGAAUUAAGGUGGCUUAUAAAAGAUGGACAUUGGUUUGCUAAUAAAUUUGAUUCUAAGGUGGACCCUGUUUUGAUUAAGUGCUUGGCAGAAAAGCUGGAAGAACAACAGAGAGAGUGGAUCUCUUUGUCUUCAGAAAACCCCACAGUCACAUCUGUGUAGUAAGACCUGAUGGAAGUCGGAGGGUGUCCGAUAAGUGGAGUCAUGGGGGCUUGUACACCCAGCCAUCUGCCAGGCUGCCUGGGUGUGGUCCUCUCGGUUUGAAAGUGUUUAGGGGGUGAUCUGGUCUUGAUAGGGUGGCCAUUGGUUGCACUCUCUAGUGCUCAUCUCCCUUGUAAUCUCACUGAGCUAAAUCAGGGGUCCUAACUGGCCACUCAGUGUUCAGGUGAGUAUUGAGCCCCUGAUUGUAAGCAAGGCUGGUUUUCAGAAACCACGUGGGAGUUAAACCAGGUUGUGUGGUGAGUUGAGCACCAUCAAGAGCCUGUGGCUAGCCCUCAACACUCAGCACCUUCUCCAUGUGAGCAUCAGGGUUCUACUAAGAGUGCUUCUGGAGUUAAACCACCAUGUCAGAACACUGUUUAUGUACAGUGACCCUCACUCCAUUUGUAAUGAAGUCUCCUCGAUUUUUCCUGACCAUUUGAAUGUUAGGAGAGACUCUGUGGCCUCAGAAAAG